AUGUCGCCCGCGAGCGACGCCCGCGCGAGACGAUCGUUCGUCGACGACGUCGACGCGUCGCUCACGUGCGCGGUCUGUCGCAUGCCCUACGCCUCGCCCGUGAUGUUUCCGUGCGGGAACGGGCACGUGUUCUGUCUCGAGUGCGUCGAGUCGUGGACGCUGGCGUCGCGGGCGCGUCGACGCGCCGACGUCGCGUGUCCGAUGUGUCGACGGAGCGCGCGAGAGAGCGGAGCGGUGAUGCGAUUGGAUGGGGACACCGCGGCGCGGUUGCGAGCGACGUGGGUGGGGUGCGGAUGCGGCGCGCGCGUGCGAUUGGACGCGGCGGCGACGCAUCACGCGCGAUGCGAGCUCACGCGGGCGUCGGUGCGACCGAGACGUGGGAUCGAGACGAUGACGCGACGUUUGGGGGGCGGUGGCACGCGCGCGGGGUCGGACGCGGGGACGGUGGGGGAUUCGGACGACGAUGACGAGGUCGGUCUCGGAGACGGAGACGGGGAGUACGCGUGUCUCAUGUGCGCCGCGGCGUACGCGCGGACGUUUUACGACAGGGAUGAUCUCCAGGGUGAACCGUACGACGGGGACGUGUUGUAUCAUCUCGUGAACGCGAUGAUGGAUGAUCUUCCGGACGAUGGAACGAUUUUCCACGAUGGGAUGACCAACUUUGCGAAUCACAUUUUGGAGACGCACGACGACGAGGAGGGACACGGGAGCGCGGUGUGCCCCAUUUGCGCGAGCUUACCUCACGGUGAUCCGACGUUGCGAGUGCACGAUCUGUACGAUCACAUCUCUCGAAGACACUCGUUCGAUUGGACGCUGUACAUGCCGGAUAUCUCCGCGAGCGAGUACGAGACGCUCGCGUUCGCGAUGCGCGAGAGCCUCGUCUCCGCCGGUCUGUCAUCAGAGACGAAUGAAUAG